GUUUAAAUUGUCACCACGGCUCACAAGAGAAAACGUCACCGGCAUCCGAAGGAAAACGCCGGUUAAGCAGAUACUUCCACCUUCCGUUGCCCCUACCGCGACUGCGAGUUUGUGUGAGAGAUAAUUCUCAAUACUCAAGUCACAUGGCAACAAAACUUCAUGGAGCUUCGAUAAGUUCCUCUUGCCAUCCACCUUCCCCAAAGAGCUCUUCAUGUAAAAUAAAAGUAAUCACCACCAGAGUUUCAAUCCAGAGAACAAAUCAAUCUCUCCGACGGAUAUCUAAAAUCUCAUGCUGUUCUGAGGUUGGAGCAGCUUCUACAAAUUCUCGUUCGCAGAAUAAAAGGCCUUUGACUACAACUGAUCUCACUGGUUCCUUCAAGGAUGGAUCUGGAAUCCGAGUAGCAUACCAGGGUGUUAGUGGAGCAUACAGUGAAUCUGCAGCAGAAAAAGCAUACCCAAAUUGUGAAACUGUCCCUUGUGAGCAAUUUGAUAUUGCAUUUCAGGCAGUUGAAAACUGGAUUGCUGACAGGGCAGUUUUGCCAAUUGAGAAUUCUCUUGGAGGUAGCAUCCAUAGAAACUAUGAUCUAUUACUUCGACACAGGUUACAUAUUGUUGGAGAGGUGCAGCUUUCUGUUAGACACUGUUUGUUAGCCAAUCAUGAUGUCAAAAUUGAAGAUCUUAAACGGGUUCUCAGUCAUCCACAAGCUCUUGCACAGUGUGAGCACACAUUAACAAGGCUAAAAGUGGUCAGGGAAGCUGUAGAUGAUACAGCCGGUGCUGCACAGUUUGUUGCUCAACACAAACUCAAAGACACAGGAGCAGUUGCGAGUGUUGGUGCUGCCAGGAUAUAUGAUUUGAAUGUUCUAGCUCAAGACAUACAGGAUGAUUCAGACAAUAUCACUCGAUUUCUCAUGCUGGCUAGAGAUCCAAUUAUUCCAGGCACAGAUAGACCCUUCAAAACGAGCAUAGUUUUUUCCUUGGAUGAGGGUCCCGGUAUGCUUUACAAGGCACUUGCUGUUUUUUCUAUGAGAGAUAUUAAUCUCACCAAGAUGGAAAGUCGUCCGCAGCGGAAACGACCUCUUGUAAACAAUGAUGGUUUGAAGCAUUUCGACUAUCUCUUCUAUUGUGAUUUUGAAGCAUCAAUGGCUGACUACAAUGCCCAAAAUGCCCUUAAGCAUUUAAAGGAGUUUGCAACAUUUUUGAGAGUUCUUGGUAGCUACCCAAUGGACAUCAAUUUGGUAUGAUUGAACUUGGUCAACCCUUGAUAGUAAUACUUAGUAGGUCAAGGGUUAAAAAAGUAAAAUUCCCAUUUAGAUGACUGUCAUAUACAUUGUACAAAAGUGGCUAAAACUGUCCAUGGGUUAAAUCCACAUGCUUCAAGAUUCAAAAAGAAAAGAAAAGUAAAAUGUUUGGAAUAGUGGAUGAUGAUUAGGGUAGAUUAUGCAUAGUUUUGGUGGUAGAAUAUUUUUAUUAUUAUUAUUAUUAUUAUUUUUUUUUUUUUUGUGCGCACAUCUUGAGAAGUG